CUAGAGCUCCCUUUAACCAGGAAAAGAAUCGAUACGGAGAUGUUCCAUGCCUUGACCAAACCAGGGUGAAGUUGUCCAAACAAUUUAGCUACCACGAGUUGACCGAUUACAUCAAUGCCAGCUUCAUGGAUGGCUACAAGCAGAGGAAUGCUUACAUUGGCACCCAAGGACCAUUAGAAAACACAUAUAAUGAUUUCUGGCGCAUGGUGUGGGAACAGAAUGUGCUGGUGAUUGUCAUGACCACAAGGCUCGAAGAAGGAGGCCGAAGGAAGUGUGGUCAGUACUGGCCAUUGGAGAAAGACUUCCAGUCCUCUUAUGGAAUGCUGACGGUCACCAACUUGGGAGUGGAGAACCUCAACCACUACAAAAAAACCAUGCUGGAGAUUUACAACUGUGAGGUAUGGGGAGCAAUUGCAAGGAGCCGG